UCACAAAUUUUGCCCACUGGCGACUGCAUGCAGAUAUGAUUCCUAACUUGAAUGUUUAGUCUAUUAGUCUAUCAAUGAUAAGAGGACAUCUCUGAAGCCCGGGAUGGAAUACAUUUCAACAGCAGUAAAAGUUAUCUUUCUUUUCUUUUUCCACCUCGGACUGUAUCUUGUUCAAAGCAAAAGUCUGGAGUGGAGCGAUGUGUCACGCGGUUUUUCGUCUCAGUUUUUACACCAAACGAGAGGCGGACUACGGAAGAGAAACAAACUAAACGGAAACCAGUAAUUAUCUAUGAGGGGACUGUUUUUCAACCGUUAUUCCACGCCUAUUGCGCAUCGAUGUGGAUAAUACUUUCUCUACACUACAGACGUCAAUAGGAACCAUAGUUGUUAGGGGUUAGUACGAAACUAGCUAUAUAAAAGCAAAGAAAUAUAGGAACAGAUAGAUCAAAGUGUAAUUUAAAAUGCAUAUGAGAAUUACUUACAAACUGUCAGGUUGAUGGACCGCAACUUCAUAUCAGGAAAGUAGCCUCUUUCGCAUCACAAAGAUAUAUGGCUAUAAUUUGUAAGACUAAGACAAAGGUUAUAAGCUGUGAGAUGGCGUGGUCAGUACACUGGGGCCUCCUCCUGCUCUGCAUAGUGAUCCUCUACUGCCAACCAGUGUCCACCGGCAACCACAGCUCCCGGGUGCAGUCAGGUUCGUCACAGGUAAAGACAGGUACCUGUGAAGUAGUGGCUGCCCAUCGCUGCUGCAAUAAGAACAAGAUUGAGGAGCGCUCUCAAACAGUCAAGUGUUCCUGCUUCCCUGGUCAGGUCGCCGGAACAACAAGGGCAAUGCCCUCUUGUGUUGAAGCAUCCAUCGUGCGUCAGAAGUGGUGGUGUCAGAUGCAGCCCUGUCUGGAGGGAGAGGAGUGUAAAGUACUGCCUGAUCUCACUGGCUGGUCCUGCAGCUCUGGAAACAAAGUCAAGACCACCAAGGUGGCGCGGUAGCAAAAAAACCCAUCUCAGCCAAUCGACUGAGACCCUGAACGUGCCACGGCCUGGCCAGUUGUCAAUCACACACAUUUUUUGCUUUGAAAAAAGUGAAGAUCUGCUUCAGUCCCCAGAAUAUAAUGAGGAAUACAAUAGCAAAUGAGCAGCCCUAUCAAAUGAGUAGAGUGACUGAUGUGAAUGUAAAGGCGAACUCAAGAGGAACUCAAGGAGCCUAUGUCAUACAGUACUCACCCUUACUUCCCUGACUGUGUCCUCUGAGAGACAGAGAUGGGUGUAGCCAUGGCAGCCAGCUCCUACCUGAGACUAACGGGCAGAUAAAAAUAUAGCUUGUUAAGUCUUUCAAUGGGAUUCCAUAUUGUGUUCUGUCAGCGGGAUAUUGUCUUUCUGUGACAGAUAAAUGCUGAGCUGGGGAUUGCUGUAUGCAUUCAGGCUAACUUUUGGAUGAGCCACGCGCAGAGACACAACUGAACAAUGUUUCAAUAAAUAGACUGUGAACUUGGACCAAUGGCUUUAUGGAGAGAGACUCUUGUCUUGACUGUCUCAUUAAGCAAUGUGCCCUGCUAGUGACAAGUGGAAGCACCUCCGAUUUGGGAAUUCUUAUUGAUACAAUAUGUGUAGAGAUUCAGCCACACACACACACACACACACACACACACACACACACACACACACACACACACACACACACACACACACACACACACACACACACACACACACACACACACACACACACACACACACACACACACACACACACACACACACACGUGCACAGAGAGCUUUUCAUCUCACCCAGUUAGACAAGCCACCACCUGCAAGGAUGCGAUGCCAUGCAAAUAGACAGAUGCAAAACAACGGCUGUUUGAAAUGCAAAUCACGAGGAGAGGAGGAGGGAGGAAAGAAGCUUCUUCACUGCCGAGAGUAUUUACAUCACGCUUUAGUUUGUCUUUCCAACUCCCGUCUCCCAUGGAGAGGACCUCUGUAAUAGCAAUGAUGUGAAAUGGUGCAGAAUCGUCUGUGCCUUCAAGCAAAUUGUGUCUACAAGCAAAAUAGAACAUUCAUUCUAAUGUCAUUUACCAUCCUUACUUUCUGUCCUCUCAACACUUUUGUACAUCUACGUAUACUCAUAAUAAUUGUCAUUCUUUUGUUCAUUCUUAGGGUAAUUUGAGAAUUCAGGAGGUAAGUUUUCAUAUUUUACCACUACGUUGUCAAGUUGUUUUGAUGAUACAGCGCUUCAAUGAUACAGUAAACCGAUUUCUUCCUAAAGCAACAUCACAUCAUGACAACCCAUCAGAACAUGACAGACAGCCAUUUAUGAGUAAAACUCAACACAAAGAGUUGUUUGUUUGCAGGUUGGCAUUUAUUGUAAGGAAUGUUGCCCUGGAGGUAACUGCAGAGUGGUCACUAGCUGGCACUAACAUAACCUUAACCCUAACCUUAACCACACUGCUAACCAUAAUGCCUAACCCUAACCUUAAAUUAAGAUAAAAAAAAAAGCACAUUUUUGUUUUCAUGAAUUCUUACGAUAUCGACAAUUUGAUUUUGCAGCCAGCCCAUCUAGUGGAAAUCGUUCAGUUCUGCCCCCAGGGCAAGAUUCAUGACAAUAAACGUCAACCUGCCCAAAUCAUUACCUUGUAAAAUUAUUUGGCAUUUACAUCUUCUGAACUGUCACAAAUGGUCAUAUGUAAUGUCAUGUUUGUGACAGAAUCAUUAAUGCUAGUGUAUAUGAUGUCUAACCUAACCUACAGAGAUUUAGGGGAGAAGGGUAAGUUGAGAUUUUUUUUUACAUUCAGCAUCAGCUCGUCAAGGGAAAUAUAGUAUUAUUUCUAAGAUAUCUACAUAUAUUUCAGGAUGUUGUGUAUCCCUGGAAAUAAUCAGAAUUCAUGUAAACAUUACAGUUUUGAAAACAUAGCUUGUCCAAAAAAAGUGUUCUCUUGGCACAACUUAUCCGGGCUAUGGGGUAAGUUAAGCCACCUACACAUUUCUGUACUGAAUUAAAUAUUACCACUACCUUUUUAAACCAUGUCUAUCUUUAUUUCCCAAACACAAUUCAACACCAUCACAAUCACUUAUUUUGUAUUUUAAUAAUUUUAAGUAUCUUUUAACACAGGCUUAACUCCUAACAAACACGUUGUACUUUUUUUAAACACGGUUAUCUCAUAUCCCAGCGAUAAUGCCUUGCAUUAUGCCUGGGAAGAAAACACUUCCAUUUGUAAACGUACCCCAAGGCAAACAUGUUGACUCUAUUAGCCCACACAGCUACGAGGAUGCACUUUCAUGCGAGGUUUAGGACCCCAUAUUGAGACCCCAACUGAAGUAUUCAACAAUCUUAAAAUAUCUAGUAGUUUAGUUUAGAUAUAAACAUGACGAAACCUGUAACACAAUAAAUUAAUUUGACUUGUUUAAAAUCUGCUUUCUGGACCUUCUGAAACUUGCUUACCACUUUUCCAUGUGGUUUCUUCCUUCACGGACUCCAUUAAAUUAUGACUUUUUUCUAAAUAUUUGGUCAACUGAUUAAUUUUGUGCAUGGUUUACUAGAAACAAGGGUGGCUCAACUUACCCCUUUGGCUAAACUUACCCCAUUCUCCCCUACUCAACAUUAACAGUUCACAAUUAUUUCUGUUCCAAAUGUAUUCAUCACAACCGUCUCCUAAUAACCUAGAGAUGACACAGCUAAUUAAUAAAGUGUGAAUAUGAUAAAUAUGACCAUUAUUGCACAGUGUGUGUGUUUGUGUGUGUGCGUGUGUGUAUCUGUGUGCGUGUUUUGCCUGGUGAGGCAAGAAUUAAAAUCACCCUGCAAUUUGGUCAUGGCUCCAAGAUUUGUUCCAUUUGUCUUGUCUUGUGCAUGAACGUCUAGAAUUGGAAUUACAUUUAACAUAAUUAGAGAGUUCAACAAUUAUAUUUUAAUGAAUAUAAUAUUAAUCAGACUAACAUUAAUGUUAGUUAAUCUGUCUGUGUAUAAUUAAUUCAUAGUGCAUGUACAGUAUUUUUAUAUCUCAUAGCUGUAUGCACAGGCAGAUUGGUGCAUACUGUGUACUGUAGCUACUUCUUAUCAAGUACAUUAAACCAUAGAAUGCAGUCUUUCUC